GCCAUUUUCUGCCGGGAAAGGCGGGAAGGGAGCGAGCGCACCGACAGCGUUACCCCGCGACACCCCCCCCCCCCCCCCAACCCCUCAACGGUUCCAGCGUCGCCGCCAGCCGGGCACGCAGACUCUGACCGUCCGGUAUGGCCCGUACCAAGCAGACGGCUCGGAAAUCCACUGGUGGGAAGGCGCCACGGAAGCAGUUGGCCACCAAAGCCGCCAGGAAGAGCGCACCUUCCACGGGGGGUGUGAAGAAGCCCCAUCGCUACAGGCCUGGCACGGUGGCUUUACGGGAGAUCCGGCGAUACCAGAAAUCCACGGAGCUGCUGAUCCGCAAGCUACCCUUCCAACGCCUGGUACGGGAGAUCGCGCAGGACUUCAAGACCGACCUGCGUUUCCAGAGCGCUGCCAUCGGGGCGCUGCAGGAAGCCAGUGAAGCGUACCUCGUGGGCCUCUUCGAGGACACCAACCUCUGCGCCAUCCACGCCAAAAGGGUCACCAUCAUGCCCAAGGACAUCCAGCUGGCGCGUCGCAUCCGCGGCGAGCGGGCUUAGGGCAGCCAGUGCCGGGUGGUAGGAGAGAUUUGGGGUGGGAUGGAGGCAGGGGGUAGG